AAGUAAACAUUUCCGCUGUAUCGCGAUGGACUCAAACAAGGACGAAGCGGAGCGGUGCAUUAAAAUAGCCCUAAAUGCGAUCAGCAGCGACCAGCCAAACAAAGCCAGGAAGUUUCUGGAGAAGGCACAGCGCCUGUUUCCGACAGACCAAGCCAAAAACUUACUGGAGUCGUUAGCACAGAAUGGAAAGCCUCCAGAGGAGAAUGGCAAUCCUGUGAAUGGAGAUGGACCCUCUAUGAGGCACCGCAGCCACAGAGACGAGACUGAGGGGUCUGCACAGGCGGCCACAGACUCGGCCAAAUCCUACACCGCAGAGCAGCUGGAUGCUGUCAGAAAGAUUAAGAGCUGUAAAGAUUACUACCAAAUUCUGGGAGUUGAAAAGGCCGCCUCUGAGGAGGAUCUUAAAAAGGCUUACAGAAAACUGGCUCUGAAAUUUCACCCAGAUAAAAAUCACGCACCUGGAGCCACAGAGGCAUUUAAAGCUAUUGGUAAUGCCUAUGCUGUUCUGAGUAAUGCUGAGAAACGAAGGCAGUAUGACCAGUAUGGAGAGGAAAGAUCACACCCAACCAGACACAGACACCAUCGUGAUUUUGAAGCAGACAUCUCACCAGAGGACCUCUUCAACAUGUUCUUUGGUGGAGGCUUCCCGUCAAGUAACGUACAUGUUUACAGGAAUGGAAGAAUGCACUUUGCACAUCAUAAUAGGCAAGAACGACGAGAACAACAGAGAGAUGGAGGUCUGGCUCUGUUUGUCCAGCUGAUGCCCAUCUUAAUCCUCAUCAUUGUUUCUGCUCUCAGCCAGAUGAUGGUCACCCAGCCUCCCUACAGCCUUAGCUACCGCCCGUCAGCUGGACAUAUUCACAAAAGGCAUACAUCCAACCUGAAGGUGCCUUUCUAUGUGGGAGACCGUUUCAACGAAGAAUAUUCAGGGAAUAACCUGAAGAAUGUUGAGAGAAGUGUAGAACAGGACUACAUCUCCAACCUCAGAAACAACUGUUGGAAAGAGAAGCAGCAGAAGGAAGGCUUACUGUAUCGCGCCCGUUACUUUGGGGAUUCUGAGUUAUACCAAAGGGCACAGAGAAUGGGCACGCCCAGCUGCUCCAGACUAUCUGAGAUUCAGGUUAUAUUGGAUGGAUAGAAACCACUUGCACAUAUAUGGGUUCAUCGGUACUUGAAUCUAAUUAGAAGAAAUCGGUCGGAGCCCAAUCAAAUUGGAGCAUAUUUCUGCAGCAAACCAAGAGAAUCAAAAAUGCCUUACGCGCAGUGGGCAGCAGACCUCAUCAGGGAACCUCUCUGCAACUCGGUGUAGAUUGACUUCCUGUAGAACUGUGAGAAGCUUUGAGUUGACUGCUGACAUUUUCUUACUCUAGUGUCUUCAAGUGGGUGGGAGUCCGCAGGGCAUCACGGUGGAAAGUAAGAGCAUAUUUGAACGGUUACAAAGCUGCUAAGAUUAGCUUUCUCUGUCCCAGUUUUUUUUUUUUUUUUUUUUUUUUUUGUUUUCCUUAAAUAUUUUGAGAAACCUCAUGGCCUUCUCAUAGACAGAUGUCUGAGCCACUCACAAGGAAAGUGUGUAAUUUUUAUAGUUCUUACCAAUGUAAAUAUUCAUUUUACUUUUAACAGUGCAGGGUUUAUUGAAGUUAAUAUCAUAUACUAUAAUGUUAUUAUGUGGAUUCGCUUGUAGUCUGUUGGAUCAUAAGUAUUGAAAAUGAUUGCACAAAUAAAAGUAAACCAUAUUUAUUAAAUUAACAUGCUAAAAUUGUAUAGAAGUUUCUCUGAAUUAAAUUUGUCCAAUGAUU